AUGGCUGCUACCACAUCCAUCACUGGAGCACUGGUCAAGUACUUCCGUGUUCAGCCAGUCGUCGUGGCUGGAGCAUUGCUGUCGUUCACGGGGCUUGUCAUCGGAUCGUUUGGUCGGGAAUUCUACGUGCUGUUCAUCACCAUACCAUUCAUGACAGGGAUUGGUUGUAGCCUGUGCUUCGCAAGCACCAUGACCAUAAUCAGCGACUAUUUUCACCAGCAUUUCGCUCUGGCUUGGGGAAUUGCAUGGUCAGGAGGAAGUGUCGGGAUAGUGACUUUUCCCAUCGUUAGCGGCUUCUUGAUCGACAAUUACGGAUGGAGGGGAGCUCUGCUGGUCAUCAGUGCGAUACAAGCAAACAUCUUGGUGUGUGCCAAGUUCAUGAAGCCAACUCCCAAUGGUCAAACAUCGACAAAUUUGGUCCACAGUGUUGGGAAGGGUUACAGCAGGCUUGAAAACCAAUCAAGCCACGAGACAGCUUCUGCCAAGGAUGAGAAAGACGUUGACGGUGAUAGUAAAGCAAGCGCCUUCACAAAUCAAUCUAGAUCGGGCUCUGGUGUAGGUGCUGAGUGCAAAGACGAUAAGCUGGUCAAGGACAAGAAGUGGCUGGAGAAACUCGUGCAGUUCUUGGAUCAUGCUGGUGUAUCACUCAUUUGGACCAAUCGGGUCUUCGCAAGUUGUCUUUUGCUACAAAUACCCACGUCGGUAGGAAACUCUGUCACUCUGCCCUUCCUUGUUGCUCGUGCAGAGUCGGUCGGUGUCCUUGGGCUACAGGCCGAGUUACUGCUCUCCGUGGUCGGAGUGGCCAAUAUCGUCGGCAAUUUGAUAAACGGCCCCCUGGUGGAUGCUAAUGUUGCCGAACUAGCUCUCAUCUACGGUGUCGUUGAGGCUGUGGUCAGCGUUUCUGCCAUCAGUAUCGCUAUCCUCGAGAGCUACCCGUUCUUCGUGGUCUACGCUGUGCUGUUCGGUUUCUCAUCCGGCAUCUACAUCCCAUUAGGAGCGAUCAUGGUGCGUCGAAUUGUUGGACAAGAAAGGUUUGCUGGUGGAUUUGGUAUCGCACUAAUGUUGGUUGCCAGUGGCAACAUGCUGGCAGCCUCUAUCAGCGGUCAUCUUUACGAUACUACCAAGAGCUACAGUGGUUGUUUCUACUUCCUCGGAGCAGCUGCUGGUCUCUGCAUUGUCCUGUUACUGGGGCUUCACUUGCUGUGGACCAGACUGGUUCCAGAUGACCGAUGGCCGACCAUUAAAAGGUCAGCUCUUCGACGUUAA